AGCGCUAGAGAGUUCAAAUCAAACUUUGACAGAGUGACCGACCAUCAGGCCAGGCAGAUUUCAGAAAACCAGCUUAAAAAGAACUCAAAUCUUGGGCAAUCCUGUCUUGGACUUGAAUAAUCAUGAAGUUGUCCGACCAAGUAAUGAGAAGCUAUCGUGUUGCGAAGCUUUUUAAAGACCAAAACACGGAACGGAUCAACAGCAUUGACUUCUCACACAACGGAGAAACGCUUAUAUCGAGCAGUGAAGACGAUUCCAUCGUAAUUUACGAUUGUUUAGAGGGAAAACCAAAGAGGACUCUCUAUAGCAAGAAAUAUGGUGUUGACCUCAUCCGCUUUACACAUGCUCAGAAUACAGUCAUCUAUACAUCCAAUAAGGUUGAUGACACAAUUCGUUAUUUAUCUCUUCAUGAUAACAAAUAUUUAAGAUACUUUCCAGGUCAUACAAAGAAGGUUGUUAGUUUGAGCAUGUCACCCAUCGAUGAUAGCUUUCUCUCUGGAUCAUUGGAUAAGACGAUCAGAUUAUGGGAUUUGAGAUCACCUAGUUGUCAGGGUUUGAUGCAUCUACAAGGCAGGCCAGUAGCAUCAUUUGAUCCUGAAGGUCUCAUCUUUGCUUGUGGAAUCAACUCAGAAAUGAUCAAACUCUAUGACUUACGGUCCUUUGACAAGGGUCCUUUUACAACAUUCAAGCUGCUUCAAGAUAGAGAUUGUGAUUGGACAUCACUAAAGUUUAGUGCUGAUGGAAGGAAGAUACUCAUUACAACCAAUGGACCUGUUAUUAGACUCAUAGAUGCAUUUACAGGACAGGCACAACAAACUUUCAUGGGUCAUCUGAAUGGUAAAGGAGCAAGGUUAGAGGCAUCAUUUAGUCCAGAUGCACAGUAUGUCUUAUCAGGAUCACAGAAUGGUAUCAUACAUGUAUGGAACACAGAGAAUGGACACAAAGUAGCCACACUGGAAUCCAAACAUGAAGAUAAUCCUAUCUAUUGUCUGCAAUUCAACCCUAAAUUCCUCAUGCUUGCCAGCUCAUCGCAACAUAUGGCUUUCUGGUUGCCAAACGUUGAUGAAUGACACAGGAAAGAAUAUUAAGUGAAUGAACAAGGACCAAAGUUUCAGACAUUCAACUAUUUGUACAUAGAACAAAUGGAAUGUUCUUUGGAAUGUGUAUAUAUUAUCACCUUGAUAGUAUGAUUUCUUGAUGAACAAUAAACUUGUUGAAGAUCAAGAUAAAGA